GUCCGAUGCCGCUGCUGCGAGACGUCGAGAGCUGCUCGUCUGCGCCCGCGACGAGCUCGACUCGCCUGGAGGUGGACGAGGGCGACCUCGGCACGAGCGCUCAUCACGAGGAGGAGGUGCGGACCCUGUUUGUGAGUGGGCUGCCCGUGGACAUCAAGCCCCGUGAGCUCUACUUGCUCUUCAGACCGUUCAAGGGAUACGAGGGCUCUCUGAUCUUGAUGACCUCUAAGCAGCCCGUGGGAUUUGUAACCUUUUACAGCAGAGCACAAGCAGAAGAUGCCAAAGUCUCUCUGAAUGGCGUGAGGUUCGACCCCGAGAGCCCUCAGACCCUACGCCUGGAGUUCGCUCGCGCCAACACCAAGACGGCGAGGAACCGACUGCUGGCGACGCCCAACCCAGUGAUGCCGCACCCGGCGCUGGGAGCCCACCUGGUGCUGCGGGACCCGUUUGAUCUGUCGGGCCCCCCGAUGCUCUCCCCUGCUGACACCUGGGCCGCCCCCUACCCGCUGUUCGACCUGGGGCCCAUGCUACCCUGCGCGUCCUUCGCCUACCCCGCCUCUGCGCUGCCAUCACAGAUGCACUGGAUAUCCCCCUCCUAGGAUGAGCCACUGGGUGGGGGAGCGGCGAAGCGCUCCUCGGCCCUGGCGAGGGACAAGGGGGGGGGAGAGAAACGUGGCGAGUGUCGGAGCGUUCGCUCGGCACUCUGGACGUGGUGGCUCGUGGACCCGGUCCUUUCUCCUCGGUGGCCCUGUGCAGCAUGGUCCGUAAGCGCUAUGAAAUUGUCCCUGUCGUUGCCUUGUUGUUGUGGGGCGACACUAAUGCGCCACGCACGGCUUGUUUACAAGCAGAUCGCGUACUCUAGGAGGUAAUACGGCAUAUCCCGCGGAUAGCCCUGCCUGGUCGUGUUGAAUGUGUUUUUUAGUCCUUGUUUCUGGUUUGAGUUGAGUAAGAGCAGACUGCAUCCGCUGUGGCACGGCUGGUUCUCUAAGGACUGCUGUGCGGGUGUGAGGUUUGCUUGAUGAGGAGAAUUAACGUGUACCAUCCCUCGACAGUCGGAUACACCCGAAGAUGUUUUGAUUGGCAUCGUUGGUGAAGUCUGACCCCCG